CGGAAGUGCCGUCCUACGCAUGCCAGAGCCGAAUCUCAGGUAAACAAUAUGGCGGGUAUAAAUUACAGGUGCUAAAUUAGCGCAUCGGUGGGAUAAUUAACAGGUACCGUUAGACGAAACGAUGGGGAACAAGAUCAGUACCGUAGGGGAUGACGUAAAGCGCCAGGGUGAGGGGUCGGGCGGUGCCGCCGAUGUUUACAAAAUGGUAGAUUUGAAAGGAGGCGGCGAAUUGGUUGAGAUGAUGAAAAGAGCCCGCUGGACCAAAAAUUUUAAAGAGAUAGAUGACACUAUUCAAGAAAAAGUAAGGACAUUUUUAUAUGACGGUGGACGUGGAAAGAAAGUUCCCAUAAGUGAAAUAAUAGAGCUAAGAAACAAAACUCGUUCGAGUGCGAUUAAGUCUGCAUCAAAAGAUAAACAAAAGAAGACACACGAACAAGCACUAUUGGAUUUGAAGUUUCAGGAUAGCGAAGGCAAUUACCUCCAGAACAAACCAGAUGAAAUGAAUAUGCCAGAUCGCAAAUUCCGUGAAUGCUGCUGGGACAUCCACCAGACUGGGUCAGUGGGGGAGACUAUUCUACAUCUGUGCCUUCUAAAUGCCACCGCCAUCCAUGCUGAUCUGGCCAAGCGGUUAAUCCAGGCCUACCCAAAGAUGAUCAACGACAUCUACCUAGCUGAUGAAUAUUUUGGGGAGAGCAUUUUGCACAUAGCCAUUGUGAAUGAAGAUCCAGCAAUGGUCAAGUUUCUCCUGGACAAUGGGGCUGAUGUACACGAGAGAGCAUGUGGAAAUUUCUUUUGCCCAGAUGAUCAGAAGAGCUCUCGUAUGGAUACCUACGAUCAUGAAUGGGUUGAUGUGACUGAAAAAACAAAUUAUGAGGGACAUGUUUACUUCGGCGAGUACCCUUUGUCCUUCGCGGCUUGUCUGGGUCAGGAGGAGUGUGUUCGACUGCUGGUGGCCAAGGGAGCUAACCCAAACUACCAAGAUAGCAAUGGCAACACUGUCAUGCACAUGCUUGUGAUACAUGAUAGAAAGGAGAGUGAAUAUGAAGGACAGUACGCUUCUAAACAGCUUGAACUAGAGAGACCCCCACAGGAGAUGUUUAACCUCCUGGUAGAGCUUGGAGCUAGGUUGGACAUCAAGAAUCGGCAGGGCUUAACUCCACUGACGCUGGCGGCCAAGCUCACAAGAAAAGAGAUGUAUGAAUACAUUUUGGAGAAGAUCCGACAAGUAGUUUGGAUAUUUGGGAAUGUGACUUGUGCCGGAUAUCCUCUGAAAGACAUUGACACCAUUUCAGAGACAGGAGAAAUUAACAGGAACUCUGUAUUGAAUUUGGUCGUGUAUGGGGCAGAGGAUGGGCAUUUGGAUAUGAUGGAUGGACUGAUUGUGGAACUUCUGAAGGACAAAUGGAAAACCUUUGUAGGCCACAGGUUCUACAAAAAGUUUGCCAUCUUCUUUGCCUACUUCAUCAUCUUCAUGGUUGCUUUUAUCCUGCGGCCCGGGGUAGACCUGUGUCCGACAACGACCGCGAGCAGCAGUAGCGUUAACUCCACUACCAGCCAGUCCAGUCAGGUCACCACGGAGAACGACGCCUGCUACCUCAUCAAAGCCUGUCGGACCGAGGACAAGGUGAGAUUUGCACUGGAGAUAAUGGUUUUAAUUGGAGCGGUGUGGUACAUCUUUAUAGCCAUGAAGGAGAUCUACCAUCAGGGGUUCAGAGUCUUCUUCAUCACUCUGAAAGGAGCCCCAGCCAAGGCCAUGUUCCUGCUGUCUGAUGUCCUGGUAGUGCUGAUGUUACCAGGCCGGGCUCUCUGUCAACACGAAUACGAGGACAUCAUCGCAGUGUUCGCCAUUUUGUUCACAGCGCCAUAUUUUCUGUUCUUCUGCAGGGGCUUCAAGAUAGUAGGACCUUUUGUUGUGAUGAUCUACAACAUGAUCGCUGGAGACUUGCUGAGGUGGAUCAUCAUCUACUUGGUCUUCAUCAUUGGCUUCUCUCAAGCCUUUUUUAUUGCGUUUGUUAAUGGUACCUGUGACCCCGAGUCAAACCCCUGUGUUUUCCUUAGCCCCAUUGAGUCCAUAGUCGGAAUGUUUGCUAUGAAUGUUGGAGAAUUUGAGGACAUUUACGGCACUUUUGAUUACUCUGAAUAUCCAACUUUCAUCAAAAUUAUUUUCAUGAUAUACAUGAUCAUGGUGACCUUACUGUUGGUGAACAUGCUGAUUGCCAUGAUGGGUAACACUUACCAGCUGGUCAACGAGACUCAGAAGGAGUGGUUUAGACAGUGGGCGAAAAUAGUGCUUGUUGUGGAACAGAGCGUGAGCACAGAAAUCAGGAAGGAGGAGCGACUGACGUACUCCCACCCCAGCGCAGACGGCGACAGAAACUUUGUUGUCCGGUGGCACCAAACACAAAAGGAGCAAGAAGAGAUGGCCCGACAGAAGGAGGAGAUCUACCAGAAGCAGAGGAAGGCAGCCGCGGAGAAAAAGAAACAAGUGUUCCGUAAAAUGUCCACACCGAUGGUCAUUGACACGCGAGAGGCCGAGGAGGGCCACGUCAACAUGUAAAGUCAAAUCCCAGAUCUACGGGGUCCCCAUUACAAAGGGGGACAACUCCUGCCAACCCCAAAGGUGUAAAGGGUACUUGUAUAAAAAGCUUAAGGACAUUUCUGUAUGCACUGGUAUAUUAGUUAUUCAAAAGCUUAAGAAAUGUUUUAUGUUUUUACCUUUUGUUUUACAUACUAGUACUCCACUGUUGUAUUGUGAUUUAAAGUGUAAUAUUACUGAAACUUUUUGUUCCCGAAGAUCUAAAAUUCUUUGUGAAUCUAAUGUCUUUUUUCUAGUCAAUUUGAAACUCUAAUCAAAUGAAUUAGAAUUCUUUUAAAAAUAACUUAAUAAGUGUAAGUUUCUGUGUUUGUUAUUAAAUAUUUAUGCAUAUAUACCUUUACAUGCUGUAAAAAACCUUACGACUGCCAAACAAAUAUUUUACUGUUUUAAUUAAACCUAACACAGUUUUAUUUUACACCUUUGGUAAACUUUGAUCCGUCCAUUUGUUAAAAAUGUUCUGUUUUACUUAUUCUUUGUAUAAAUUUAUAUUUUAUAUUAUUUAUAUUUCAUAGCAUUUAUGUACCGGUAUAUAUUUAUUUAGUCAUACAUGCAUUUCAAUACACUCUAUCUGCUGAAAAUUCUGUGUACAAGAUAAGGUCAAGGCCCUGGACUGAUCAAAAGUCUUGAAAGUACAAUAAUUUGUAAAGAUCGAAACUAGUCGAAAUAUUUUUUUUUCCAUCAGAAUAAAACAUCUGGGAGUAAGCUAAUAUGCUGAAAGCUACUAAAAUGAAACUUUCCAUUUUGUUAUACAGUAAACAUAUUCUUUCCUCCAGAAAUAUUCUCUGUGCAAUUAGAUUAAGCUUAAAGUCAUUGGUGGUCUCUGUUUAAACACUGUUAGAUAACUUUAAUAUUUUUAAAAUGAACUCUAGCAUGAACAAAUAAUUUCAAAGUACAUUUGUAUUUUAAAAAUUAUAUGGAACAAUACCUGUAUAUUUACAAAGAAUAUUGAAGAUUAUUUUUUCAAUCAAAGUGAUACAGUAAUGUUUAUGAAUUAUGAAGCACAACAUUUUUGUUUUAAUUAAUUUGCUAGUAUGAUAUUACAAUGCUUAGAAACUUCAUGUGAAAUCCUGUUGUUUGUUUUUAUUUUUAUUGAAAUAUAUAUAUUUUUUAAAAUGUUGUUAAUGAUAUAAUUAUAUUCAUCUGUAUAGACUUGUAUAAAUUGCACUUUUUAACACCCAAUAUUGGUUUUGAUUUUAAACCAAGCAAGGUAUGUUGUCAUUAUGUUUCCCCAAUAAAGAGAUCAAAUAUUA